AUGCUGGGGAUCCGAUCAGCCUCACCACCUGAUUCACUCGAACAUUGGCCAAUGCCGGUCCAGCUCGCUGAUCAACUCUCGCCAUCCGACCGGUUCGAGUCCAGUCGAUCUGCUUGCCAAUCACCUACUAGGGCGCCACAAAUGGCCAUUCAUCCGACCGGCCCGACCCUUCCCGCCAUUCUCCAAACUACUCUUAAUCAGCUCCAGCUCAGCCUGCGCAAUCUUGCUGAUUGUCGCCGAAUCUCAUUAGCCGAUCCAUCCAACCCUUCUCCUAUACUCUCUGGCCCUCCACCCUUCUCGUUAACCGUCUUGCUGGUUGAUCGACUCUGCGCUGGCCAUCUAUCAACUAGCCGGUCCAUCCUCAGCCCCAGCCUGUCUUCCACCUCCGACCCCUCUCUCUUCCUCUCCUUGCAGCCUUUCAUCAUGAUCCCUCAGCCAAAUCGAGAUCAGGCCCUCCUGCGAUCCUUCCUCGGCAAUCUCGCCAGGUCAUGCUAUUGGUCCAGCUUCAUUCGCCCUCUCGUCUUCCUCAUCCUCACCUACCAACUCCGACACCAUUAUCCUACCGCUCAGUCUUCGGCCAAGAAGCUACUUGAUCAGCUCCAGCUCCCCCAUCCACCCAUCCCUCCCCCCAAGUUAGCCCUACGGCUCUCCGCCCCCCGUGUACCCAAGAGAAUUCGAGCAGCAAGAGCACUCAGGUGUUCGACCCUCGUCGAGAAUGAUUCAUCCAUCCUUCAUCAGCACCAACCAGCGUCAGUUCAUCUCAGCCGCUCGUCUGCAUAUCGGACAAUCCCACGAUCCGCUGUUUUCAUUCGCCCGUCUCGCCAAGUCACCAGCCCAUUCGAACUCCAACAUCUCUCAGCCCUGGCCCUGAGCCAAAUGGAGCGAUCCCCCUACUGUCCAUCUGAGGACAGCCUGGAUGGCGAUCAGCGUCAUCAGCGUUACUAUCUCGUCAAUGCUUAUCGUGCCAAAAUCUCCACAGCCCCAGCCGAUUUGCAGCAACAAAAUUCCCCGACAUGGCAGCAGUCUGAUCUAGACGGUGGCGAGGGCGAUGACGACGAUGCAGGUUUGGAACCAUUAGAAGAUCUGCUCGAUUGGGACUCCAGCACUCGGCCGAAUUGA